AUGUCUUGUGUAUGUAUCGUUGGUGAAGAGAAUUUACAGUUGUGUCCAGACGUAGAUGGGCAUAUUUAUUCAGUUAGUCUCCCGUUCAAGGUCAAUAAAGUACUGCCCUGUGAAUUUGGUUUGUUUCUGCAGAGGCUUCCAGUACCAUCUUCUCUGAAAAAUCCGACUGUAUUUCCUUACCUCUUUUCGCUCUCUCACCCAUAUGAUGAAAUAUUACCUAUAGUCUAUAAAAGUAAAGAGCUCGAGGGAUCUUGUCACUAUAUAUGGGACAGUGAAGAAGUUUCGGUAAUUGAAGUGUUACCAGAAUCAAAUUUAGUAUUAUGCUAUUCUCAAUCAAGCAAGACCCACUCCCUAUGUAGUUUUCGUAAAGUUACGAAAUCAGAGUGGAAGUAUGCAGCUCGUAAUGCGGAAUCUCUCGUUUCUUUUGCAAGUGCUCUGACACCUACAGCUCGCAGCUUCUUGACAACAACUCCGCAAAUGUCUGCUCAGAGUGUACCAAGAGUCCGAGCCUGUUUAGAUUUGGGGGAUCAGGCCGAAACAACACCGUUACGUUCAGUAAGGACACGAUCAAUGACUGCUGCAGCACAGCUGAUUGAAUCUCUUCCAUAUCCGAAUUUGAGUCCUGCUCAGAAGGGUUCAGUAGGUCGUUCCUUUCGUGACAUUUCUGCUUCACGAUGGCGGCGAGGAAGCGCUCAUUCAACUCCUCGUAUAAGUUCUUUUUGUGAUGACAGUAUUACAACAGCAAUUGAUGUUCGAGGCUCAGAGAUUGAUAUGAUUGCGCCAGAGAUUUGUAUCGAAUGUAUUUGGAUAGAAGCAGCUCGUCGUAAUCAAGAAACACUUCCUAACGUUCCUGCUGAUUAUGCAUUUCUGACCAAAGUUGAAAUUGACGGUUCUUUAGUUUUGUAUACCGGUGUGCAGCGCCUCGGAGAAGUUUAUUUGAGGAACUGCCUUAGUUCGCCAUCGAAACCGCAGUCGUUCACUGACUCAUCGAAGCUGGGCUCUCCGGAUGCACACUGUUCGGAGCGACAUGUACAAAGUAUUAGUCACUGUACUUCUGCAGUUUUCGUACGGACUGCGCAGAACAAUAAUUUCGCUCUGAAGAGCAAUGAUGGUUUGUACAGAAUUUGUCGAGUUUUUCCAAUUGCAAUUUUGUCUUACGGUGAGGAAAAUGGCUUUUAUUUUUUAGUUAAUGAGUGUCUCUAUCGUGUUGCGUCAGUUCUGCCAAAUGAUAAAUCAAUGAAGUUUUUCACUUCAUGGUAUUUAAGUGACUACAACAGACUGGUAUUGAAUUAUGGCGGCAACCGUACAGUAAUGGAAGCCUCACUUCUUUUACAGUUUGUUUUCUUACAGUGCGGUAUAACAAUUGAGAACUUCCCAUAUUUUAAAGAGGCUGAUUGGUUAAGGCGUCACUGUGCUGAGGGUAGCAGUGAGAAAAAGAAGCAAAGGACGAUUGCAGAACGUUCACUGGCCUGGGAAAAAAUGAAGGAUCUUGACUCAGCGAGCAUAAACAAAGAACAUGUUCAUUAUAUGGUUACGGUGUCGGAGGAUGGCUUCUUGUAUCCAUACUCACUUUUAGUAUUUGGGUCUUUGCAUCUGUGUUAUGAAAGCGCAAAACUUGAUUCUCAUUUAAGAUGUAUAACGUCAAUGUUUGCUGCUUCAUUACAUGCUUUUGCCAGCAUUCACAAGUUGGAGACAUACAAAAUUUUCUAUGUAAACGACUAUCCAGAACUGCUUUGGAACACUUAUGAACCCUGUGAAGGUGCUGGAAGCACAAAUGUUUCGCCCUCAGCUUUAGUUCUUAACCGCUUUUCUUCCGACAAAGUGCCAUCUUUCCACAAUACUUUUAUCUCACUUUGCAAUGGAAAUCUCUGCCCUUCAUUUGGAAAUUCAAGUUUCUACUUACUCCCGACUCUUUUGGUUGCUAUUGGCUUUGGUCGGAUUCGUAGUGCUGCCGACCUACAGAAGUUCGCAGGAAAGAACUGGGAGAAGAAGUUUGAAGUCAGAGGGAAUGACUCAGAGAGCAUAUGUGAAAUUCUCGACAGCACCGUACUGUCAGCGUCGAGAAAAUGUGAGCUGUGUGCUCGCAAGUUAAAUAUAACUAAAGACACUUUACUCGACUUGCCGCCUUCCAUUGCGUUAGUAUUGUGCGAAUUAUUGUAUUCUGGCGUUACUCGGUCACUCACUUAUUUCAAUUCACCACCUUCAAUACAUUUUUCUUGUUCUAUUCCGUCAUUUGAAGAACUCGAAAAAAUUGUUCGUUUACGGUGGAAGAAUGAUCUGCGUUGUAAUAAUAUUUGGCAGAUGCUUGACAGUCAGCAUCCAACAUUUUUACCGUCUUUAAAUGAGGCACCAGGCGAUGCAUUAUCAGAUACGGAAUACCGGGAGCGACAAGAACACUUGCUUUUUGCCGUUUCUUUGAGAACCUUAGCUCAGUGUUUUGGUCGAGGACUUGCAGACUUUAGAUAUAUGAUUCCAUCAUUGAGUCGCACUUUGGAUGUCCCGCAACUGUGUUUGCAGGGAAGAUCUCACCCAGCAAAUAUGCAGAUAGAACUUCCACCUCAGUCUGAGUCAACUAAGAUGAUGAAUGAAUGGGGAGCAUUUUACAAUGCUGUUUCUGCUGGUCUUGCACUUGGGAGCUCCCAGGCUGUUUGGCUUGAUUGUGAGUGGCUGUCUAUGAGCGCGAGCAGACAGCCUUCUGCUGUGUGCGCCGGUCUUCUUUAUGCCUUUGGUUUGAAUGGUCACAUAGCUAGCAUGAACUUGUAUACGAUUCAUGAACUUUUGAGCGGAGAUGAUCGGUUAACAAGUGUAGGAAUCUUGUUAGGAUAUGCAAUGUAUAAAAUGAUGGUUACUCAUUUACCGUUUCUAAUGGGGCCUACACUCUUAGAGCUCCACAUUGAUCCUAUGGUUCAAACUGCAGCGUUGGUUUCGCUGGGCCUUCUUUUUGCUGGUUCGUCUCAUUUAGGAAUUCUUGGGCAGCUUGUGAAUGAAAUAGCUCGCCCGGCAGUUCCUGACCAAGAACCAUUAACUGACCGGUAUUCAUAUACGCUUGCGGCAGGCUUUGCCAUCGGUCUUAUUUCUCUGGGUCGUGGAGAAGAAUUGUGUUCUAAUCAUCCGUUUGAAGAAAGAAUACCUUCUUUAGCAAAUCGUUUACUGGUUUUGAUAAAAGGGGGUUUACGCUCACUUUGCUAUUUUCCAACCACUUUAAGAGAGCCAGUCUCUUAUCCUUUGACUGUUACAUCUGCUCCUCAGUUGUCCAACCAUUUUAGAGAAACGGAAAAUGUUAAUCCCCACCUAACGGCAAAUGCUGCGACUAUUGCUUUUGGUUUAAUGUAUUUAAAGACUGGGAACAAAUUCGCUGCAAACUGCUUACAGUUACCAGCCACGCUUUGGGAAAUUGAAGAAAUAAGACCUGACGUGCUUCUGCUAUGGACUCUUUCACGGUCACUUAUUCUUUGGGAGGACAUUUAUCCUUCGCGACAAUGGGUGGAGAGCCUUGUUCCGGAUAAUAUUUUGUUGCAUAAGAAAAGUAUAUUUGACAGUAAGAGAACGGGAAAAUUGGACAGCGAGUUACGGUACGUUGUUGAUCCUGAAAGCAUCGCUCAGGCAUAUUUGUCUAUUAUAUCUGGUGCCUGUUUUGCUAUUGCCCUUCGCUUCGCUUCAACUUCAAAUGCCGUUGCUUUUGAAACUAUUAGUUUCUAUCUUUCUCUCGUACUUCCUGAAGAUUCGCGGGAGAAUUCUGCGAAAGAACUAUGCAGUACUGCUGGACGAUAUAUUUGUGCACUUUCGUUAAAUACAAUCGUAUAUUCUUUGGGAAUUUUGAUGGCAGGAAGCGGCAAUUUACAAGUUAUUCGCAUAUGUCACUAUUUGAGGAAUAGAGUUCUUGUUAGAGAUGCUCAUCGUGAUGCUAUGGCUUACAGUACCCAAGUUGCAACUCACAUGACAUUAGGGCUUCUUAUACUCGGUCGAGCAAGGUAUGGGUUGUCUACUUCUGACCUUUCUGUAGCUGCACUUGUGAUUGCAUUCUUUCCUGUUUGUCCUCAUGGUAUAAAUGACAAUAGGAUGUAUUUACAACCGCUUAGAUACCUCUGGACAAUUGCUGCUGAAGAGAGGCUUUUAGCACCUGUCUGUGCCGAUUCUCAGAUCUUUCUAGAGGCUGAGGUUUUAUUUACGUACAAGAUUCAAGUCCAGUGUCCUGGGUAUGAAUCAAAAGUGUUUAAUGUGAAGAUAGCUGAGGAUGUUGCAAAAUUUCGUGAGAUAAUUUAUUCCAAUCAUGGAAAGAUGCGAAUGGUCGUAUCAGGAAAAAAUGGACUAGGGACCGUUCUUUUGGCUACAAAAAAUGUGAUGGAGAAGGAGGAGCCGGUGAAAGAUGCAUGCGAUCUUCAAAACCUGACAAAAGAUGAGCUAGAGGCUUUGAGUACAAUGCGGUUCGAAGUCAUAACUUCCAACGAUUUGACUGCUAAAAGAACUUUAACACUGGAAAGGGACCUUGACGAUCUCUGCAGUCGCAUUCGUUUCUUCCAGUCGGAUCACGGGAGCCUAGCGGCAUUCGAUUACCACGUGUCUUUUGUGAAGGCGAGCUUCUUUGUUGAUGAAAUACCUUAUUCUUCGGCGUGA